UUAGCGGAAAUGCAUAUCUGGCAACCAACAAGCAAGCCGCCAAUGAGACUCUCAGUGCCGUGUUUUUUAGUCAAAUCAUCAAUCGGUCCAAAAAGUCCUAACGACUAAUGCAGUUGGUCAGUUGCUUUCUUUUUCAGUCUAAUCUGCGAACGAAGAAGAAGAAGAAGAGGGAAUGAGUACAAGACCCUCCUCAGCUUUGUUGCUAUGACCAUUUCCAUGGCCUUCACCUUCUCCUACUCUUCCUUCAACCACUACAACUCAUCAUCGUCAUUAUCGUCAUCCAAGACUUUCAAAGUCCAAUCCCUCUUAAACUCUGAAGGUUUCAUUUACAGUAUAAGUUUGUAUUCUUUUGGCGAGGGAGUAGACAAUGGCGAUCGACGCAAAUCGCUUGACUCCCCAAUCUGCCGCUGAGAAAGCAGUUUCUGUAAUUGGUCUCGGUUACGAUCUAUCUAGCGAUAUCCGCCUUGCUUACUGCAAGUCUGGUUCAUCCAAUUCGCGUUUGAUCGAGCUCGAUGAAACCCUCGCUCGUGACCUUGUUUUCCCUUGUGGUAUCGUUGUUCCUAAUGUCCCCAACUCAAUUAAGUGCGAUAAGGGAGAGCGCACGCGGUUUCGUUCUGAUGUUCUUUCCUUCCAUCAGAUGUCAGAACAGUUCAACCAUGAUCUAUCGCUGACUGGUAAAAUCCCCUCCGGCCUUUUUAAUGCAAUGUUUAAUUUCAAAGGGUGCUGGCCGAAGGAAGCAGCAGCCACAAAAAGUCUUGCUUUUGAUGGCUGGUUCAUGACUCUCUAUAAUAUAGAGUUAGCAAGAUCUCCAAUAGUACUGAAUGAGCAUGUGAAACAAGAAGUUCCAACAUCAUGGGACGCUGCUGCUCUUGCUGGGUUUAUUGAGAAAUAUGGUACUCAUGUUAUUGUUGGGGUAAAGAUGGGAGGUAAAGAUGUAUUACAUGUUAAGCAGCUAGAAAACUCAAAUCUUCAGCCAACUGAAGUGCAGAAACUGUUAAAGGAGUCAGCUGAUAAGAAAUUCUCUGAAGAUGUCAAUGGAAAUUUCCUCUUGGACUCUAGUGAAUUAUCAAGAAAACUAAAGGAAAAAACGCUCGUGGCCUGGGAACUAAACACUGCAUUUGCAAACUCAAUUAGAUCAACUACUGUUUCUCACUUAAAGAAGGAUGAUAUUGUAAGCAUUCAUGUCAGGAGGGGAGGUAUUGAUAAUGGUCAAAGUCAUAAUGAGUGGAUUUCAACCAUAUCGCAGUCCCCUAAUGUGAUAUCAAUGUCUUUUGUUCCGAUAACCUCCCUUUUGAGUGGUGUACGGGGUAGCGGAUUCCUAAGUCAUGCAGUAAAUCUUUACCUCAGAUAUAAGCCUCCAAUAGAAGAACUUCAUCAAUUUCUAGAGUUUCAGCUACCCAGGAAAUGGGCUCCCAUUUACAGUGAACUCCCUCUUGGUCCUCAGCGCAAGAUACGUGGUUCACCAGCACUGCAGUUCACCUUCAUGGGCCCCAGACUUUAUGUUAACACAGUGCAGUUGCAGGUUGACUCUGGUAAUCGGCCAGUGACUGGAAUUCGUCUAUACUUGGAAGGUAGAAAGAAUGAUCAUCUAGCAAUCCAUCUCCAACACCUUGAGAUGCUUCCCAAGAGCAUUCAACUCUCUGAUGAUUACAGUCACGAGCCCAAUGAGGAGCCAUUCGAUCGAGCCUACAUUGAACCCUUGAAGUGCAAGUUAUUUUCACACAUAUGCACGGCACCAGUUCAAUACAAUGGGGCUUGUAUAGAUGAAUCUGCUUCCAUAGUGACCAAGGCCUGGUUUGAGGUUAAGAUGAUUGGGGUAAAGAAGGUCCUGUUCUUGAGGCUUGGGUUUUCAAUGGUGGCAUCUGCGAAGAUCCGUAGAUCAGAGUGGGCUGGACCCAUCACACCAUCUCGGAAAUCAGGUGCCUUCUCAAUGCUGAUCAGCGCAAGGUUUAGCACUCAACAACUUACCCCCGAGAAGCCAAGCAAAGUGUUGGUGAAUUCGGCUGUGCAUCCAGGGGGUCCACCUAUCCCCACGAGGACUCCGAAGCUGUCACACUACCUAGAUACAAAGGAAAUAGUUAGGGGGCCAGAGGACCCGCCUGGAUAUUGGGUGGUCACUGGUGCAAAGCUUUGUGUAGAGGGUGGCAAGAUCUCUUUGAAAGUCAAGUACUCAUUGUUGACGAUAAUGUCUGAUGAUGAUGACUCUUACUAGUUGAUUCCAAUAAGAGUCGAAGGAUUGAUUCUAAAUGCAGUUUCUUGUGUUGAUCUAUUAAUCAAUUGCCUAGUGUAUGGUCUCGUACCCCAAAAAAAAAAAAAAAAAAAAUGGUUGCGUACACUGUACAUUUUCUUGACUAGUCCAAUUCAUUAUUAAAGUUGACUGUAUUAGCUUUAAACUGUAAUGAUCUUAUUUAGGAAAUAUUUAAUUUAAUUACACGAUAAUUUUUGGUAAUUAUUAAAAGAAAUUAUUUUAUUUUA